GCUCGUUGGCGCUGGUGGGCUGAGACGGGGACGUGGAUGCGGAAGUGGCUGGCAGCCUGGGAGUGGGGCCGCGCGGAUCAUGGCAAAAGCUGGAGGAAAAGGAGUAAACCUGAAAGACAAACUUGAUGGCAAUGAAUUGGAUUUGAGCCUGAGUGACCUGAAUGAGAUACCAGUCAAAGAACUGGCUGCCCUUCCAAAGGCUACCAUAUUGGAUUUGUCCUGUAACAACCUCACUUCCCUACCGUCGGACUUCUGCAGUUUGACCCACCUGGUGAAACUUGAUCUGAGUAAAAAUCAGCUUCAGCAGCUCCCCUCAGACUUUGGUCGCCUGGUUAACUUGCAGCACCUGGACCUCCUGAACAACCGAUUAGUUAUGCUACCAGUCAGUUUUGCACAGCUCAAGAAUCUGAAGUGGUUGGAUCUGAAGGACAACCCCUUGGAUCCUACCCUGGCCAAAGUGGCAGGAGACUGCCUGGAUGAGAAGCAAUGUAAACAGGCCGCUAUCAGAGUGCUGCAGCAUAUGAAAACUAUCCAGUCUGAGCAGGAUCGAGAAAGGCAACGAAGGCUACAAGCAGAGCGAGAAAUGGAGAAGAAGCGUGAAGCAGAGCAGCGAGCAAGGGAGGCUCAGGAGAGGGAACUCCGGAGGCGAGAGAAGGCAGAAGAGAAGGAACGCAGGAGACGGGAGUAUGAUGCACUAAGAGCGGCAAGGCAGGAGAUGGAAACACAAACGAAAAAAGAAAGCAGUGAGAUCCCAGAGCUUUCAUCAGUUUCUCAUCCAUCUCAGCUGCCCCGGCAGAGGCGCUCCUGGUUCCAGGCAUUGUUGAAGCUGCUGCUCUUGAUAUUUCUGUGUGCCGUUAGUACAGUGGCUGUUUGUCGGGUGACAGAGCUGCAGCACCAGUCUCUGUGCAUCAGCGUGAAUGCUCUCUAUGAGAAUGUGGUAACUGCUCUGCAAAGCCACAAAAUUGUGCAAAAUGUAUUACAUCAGAACUCGCAGCAAUGAUGCUGCUACCUGGACAUGUGCAUUGUCAGCAUCUCUUGCCACCAUUGACACAGCCAGAAUUCCUAUGGAAUUAUGUUUUGGUGAAACUACCUUUAAUCAGUCAGCACUGGAUUUGCUGGUCCAUUCAGAACAGAGCAGAACUACUGCUUAGAUCAUUUUUGUUGUGCUUGUGUCUCAGCUGGUCUGCAACUCCUGUUGUUUGCUAACAUUAAAUUAGAACAUGUUAAGACUCUCUCCCUCACUCAUGGAGCAGGAGGUUGCCAGUCAACAGAGGAGUGAGAAAAGCCAUAACCCAUCUGGGUAACUAUGGCCCUGUAAGGCGGUGGAGUAUAUCCAUCUUCUUACUGACACCUGCAAGAAGGUUCAUGCAAACCUUUGCUAAAAUCAGUGGUGUUGUGGCUGUAUGGUAUAGAAAUAUACAUAAGCCCAUUCCAGGACCCAUUAGAAGUAUGUAGGAUGGCUGUGUAUUGAUACAUCAGGGUGGCGGAGUGAUGAAAUGCUAUUGAAAUAAGAAUUGUCAGCUUUGUCAAUAGAACAGUUUUCGCAGCAGUUUGGUGUUUGAUUCUGAGCUGGAUAUUUACAUUGUUUACACACAUUUGUACAGUGCCUCAGUUCUGAUUAGGAGCUUGCAUGCUAACAUAUUUUACUAUUACAUCAUAAUGCGACCACUAACCUGAGCAAGCUCGUGUCAAAACAUCUAUUCAAAGGAAAGACUUGGCAGCCAUGCAGGCUAGUUUAUCCUGAGUGAGAGCUGGAGCAGGCUCCAGAAGGAUUGUUGAAAGAGGAUAGUGGUGCUACAACUAGGCACCAAAACAGAACCUUUCACCUCCAACCUAUGUUAGGGACAAUAUUAAUUAAUGGGUGACACUAGGAUAGGUGUCAUGAAGACACCUGGACAGAACCCAUCAUAUAUUAGAAGCCAUUCUCCAUAAAGUGUCUCAAACUGGCCAGCUUCACAUUAGCAUCCUCCUGUUUCUGUAGGUCACCUUGUCUGCUAGGGCCUUAGCAAUAUAGGAUCUUGUAUUGCCUUUGUGUUUAAACUGUAACAGCCAACACAUUCUGGUGGUUUGGCCCCUGAGAUUCAGCACAGUUGUUCUGUUGCUGUACAGCAGUGGGUGGGAUUACUGUACUCACACAUCCCCAGUAUUUAAUUUCCAACAGUUCAUCACAGAAAGGAAGAUAAACCUGCCCCUGUGCUGUUUAAUCCAGCUGGACAAAAGGUAAUGGUACUGCUCCCUGGCUCCAUUGUAACAGAGUGGUGAGGGGGUUUCAGCUAAAAGGAAGAUACACUGGAGGCUGUUCCAGUGGCACACUACUUAACCCACAGAGAGAAGUUCAGACAUGGAGUACCUGACAGUUGUACCAUACACUGCCACCAUAAUGCUGAAACAAGUGCUUGCUUUUUAUCUGAAUAGCAUGUUAUUCUGAGGUGCUGCAACUACUCUUUAUGAACCAUCAGUACCCCCCUUAUAGGCACAGGUUGUUGCUAGUAGAGGAGUGUGUUCUACCGGACAACUGUUCUAGUGAAGUUUGCCUCAUGGGAGAAAGACCUGUAGCAGUCAGCUGAUGUACUGGUAACAAUAUUAAAAUGUAUAUCACAGGCUAACAGUAGGACUGUCCCAAAAGCCUUAAUGGCAAUGCAAAAAAUCACUUACUAGCUGUAGUGAUGAUCCCAGCAUGGAUGUAUUAGAGAAAAAUGGAUAUUGUCUGCUCUGUAGUGUCACAAGUGCAAUAAGUUAUAUACAGUGCAUAGCAUUUGACUUUACUUAGUACUCAUUUCAAUAACUGCUUUGUUACAUGAAUACUGAAAGAUCUCAGCUGCCCUCACACAUGUAUUUGAUUGCUGAUGGCUUCAGGGGAAGUGAAGUGCACAUAUCCAAAGGUAGAUGCUCCCUAGCUUAAAGCAUCUCUUGCUGCAAAUAAAGCCUGUUUUGUUAGAGCUCCA